AGAACUAGUAUGAGGACCCAGUAGGAGCGGUCGAUCGUGCAGCAGUGGCAACGGCUGCUCGACCAAUUGCGUGUCACGAAAAUCCUAACAUCAAAUUUGUAUUUGUGUGCACGAGCGUCUUCCUGUACUUGUUUCAGAUCUGGUAGUUAACCGAAGUUAACAACAAUGAUGGAUGCUCUGUCGGUGGUUACUCAGCUGCGGGACCUGGCAUCUGAACCGCAGAACCGAGAUGUGAUCGUCCAGGAUCAGGGCUGUCUCCCCGGGCUGGUUCUCUUCCUGGACCACCAGAACACAGACGUGCUUUUUGCAACUCUUCAGACCUUGCGCUACUUGGCUGAGUUGUCCCCCAACAUCCCCACCAUGAAGAAUGAACUGGGUAUGAUGGUGAGCUUGGAGAAUCUAAUUGUAAGGCAUGGCCUGUCUGUUGACAUCACAUCCUUGGCUCAGGAGGUGUAUGGUGUUCUGACUGCACCUGCUAAACCCAUCCCCCGCACGCCUGAGAGGGAGAGGAGAAAGAAACCCCAGUUCUUUAUCAACUCCUCUCAAAAGAAGGCCAAGUCUGUCACUCUGCACAUCAACGGCCUGGACAGCACUGACCAGCGAAGCUUGUGUGAGGAGGCUCUUCUGAAGGUCAGAGGGGUGAUCAGCUUCACCUUCCAGAUGGCUACCAAGAGAUGCACCGUCCGCAUCCGUUCAGACCUGCCCACUGAGAGUCUGGCAUCAGCCAUCGCAGCCACUCAGGUGCUGUCGGCCCAGCAGGUGGUGAAGAAUGAGGCGGGAGAAGAGGUUUUGGUCCCUCUAGAUGCAUCUGGAGUGGACGUCCAGAAGAACUCAGCUAUCCCAGACUACCUCCCAGAAGAAGAGGAGAGCCCAGAGAAGGAGGUGGACCGAGCGAUUUCCCGCACCACAGCUAAAGAAGAUUCCAGUGGAAGCUGGCUCAACGCCGCCGCCGGUUUCCUCAGCAAAACGUUCUACUGGUGAUACUGCUGCAGUUCAAAUCCCAGAGUUCCAGUGGCACAGAGUUGUGGAAUACAGCUGCUGUGUAUAUAACUAGAGUGGACAUCACUGGAGGUUAGCACCCCUCGGGCUAACAUCCUGGCUUUGUGUGGACUUCACCAACAGUCAUCAUUUGUUGUGAAAAACUAGAAUGACCCAGAUGUGCAUAAGCACUUCUGGUUAAGCUAUAUUCUGGUUAACUAGUUGAAUAGAGGAUCAUACACUUGAAAGCACAUUUUGUCUCUGGACCUGCGUAUAUGCUGAUUUCUAUCCACUAUUUUCAUAAAGUGUAAAUAUUUUCUUAUUCUUUCUUUGUCUCUCUACAUGUAAGAAAAACAACUUUAAAGACUUUUUCUACUUUGACACUGAUUGAAAAGUAUUUUCUGUAAAAAAGCUGUAUGUUGCUAGUUAUUUUGGUUCAUGCUAAAAUAAAUCUGCUACAUGUUUUAAAUGCA